AUGUCACGUUCGGUACUUAAAGACAUUACUAAUAUAUCACAUUUGCGUAAAACAAACUCACAUUCACCAUCAAAGAGUGAAGUGGAUGCAUCAACUCAUAGCAUGGACAAAGAUGAUGAGAUUGUUGGAAAUGAUUUUUUUGGAGGGAUAAUUCAUACAGAUCACCAACAAGUUUUUGACUGUAGUUCUCCAGAGAACACUGACACAGAAGAUGAUGAAUCCGAGUUGGAUGAUUCUAUGGAUGAAGAAGCAAAUGUUGUGCUAAACAAUGUCCAUAAAGCAGCAUGA